AAUAAACUACAAUCAAGUAGAAGAUGGAGCAUUCUGUGUCAUCCUCAGUCUCCAGCUACUGUCCUUUACAGAAUUAUGUUUGGUUUAGGGGAUUACAGAGAGGAAGAUAGAUGGGAGAGAAUCACCUUCACCCUACAAGCAGUCAUUCUUCAAAGAGGAUAAUUAAAUCAAGUAUGACACUAUCCAGUGCAAAUCCUGUGUAUGAGAAAUUCUAUCGACAGGUUGAUUCUACUAAUGCUGGAAGAGUAUUAGCUUCUGAUGCAGCUGUUUUCUUGAAAAAGUCUGGAUUGACAGAUUUGGUACUUGGAAAGAUUUGGGACCUAGCUGAUACUGAUGGCAAAGGUAUUCUGAACAAACAGGAAUUUUUUGUGGCUUUGCGACUUGUGGCGUGUGCACAGAAUGGAUUGGAUGUUUCCCUGAGUAGUCUUAACUUGCCUGUUCCUCCACCAAGAUUUACUGAUACUAGUAGUCCCUUGCUACUCAGUGGAACAGCAUCAAGUGAUCUACCAUGGGCUGUAAAGCUGGAAGACAAGGCCAAGUAUGAUUCUAUUUUUGACAGCCUAAAUCCAGUGAAUGGACUGUUGUCAGGGGAUAAGGUGAAACCUGUGCUCCUGAACUCAAAACUGCCAGUGGAUAUCUUAGGACGAGUGUGGGAAUUGAGUGAUAUUGACCGUGAUGGAAUGUUGGAUCGAGAUGAGUUUGCAGUUGCAAUGUUUUUGGUGUACUGUGCUUUGGAGAAAGAACCAGUGCCAAUGUCCUUGCCUGCAGCUUUGGUGCCACCAUCCAAGAGAAAACCUCUCAGUGUUCCAGGAGCAAUGCCAUUAAUACCACCUUUAACCAAAGAGUCUCCUCAGUCCUUGCCACCUGUGGGCAUUUUAGCUGCCAAAACACCAUUAACACAGUGGGUUGUAUCGCCUGCAGACAAAAUUAAGUACGAUGAGAUCUUUGUGAAAACUGACAAGGACAUGGAUGGAUUUGUGUCAGGUGUGGAAGCCAGAGAACUAUUCCUGAAAACAGGACUGCCUUCUGCUCUCCUUGCACAUAUCUGGGCUCUCUGUGACACCAAGGACUGUGGGAAGCUUUCAAAGGAACAGUUUGCUUUGGCUUUCUAUUUAAUUAAUCAGAAGUUAACAAAGGGCAUUGAUCCACCUCAGGCUCUGACUCCAGAGAUGAUUCCACCUUCAGACAGGGGUGUCAGUUUACAGAAGAGUACUCAAGGACCGAAUUCUGUAGCAGAUUUUUCUGCAAUUAAAGAACUUGAUUCAUUAAACAAUGAAAUUGUGGACCUGCAGAGGGAAAAGAAUAAUGUGGAGCAAGAUCUCAAGGAGAAAGAAGAUGCCAUCAAGCAGAGGACAAGUGAGGUCCAGGAUCUCCAGGAUGAAGUAAAGAGGGAGAGCAGUAAUCUGCAAAAGCUGCAAGCUCAGAAACAGGAGGCACAGGAAACCCUUAAUGAUCUUGAUGAGCAGAAGGCCAAGUUGGAAGAACAACUUAAUGACAUCAGGCAGAAGUGUGCAGAGGAAGCCCAUUUGAUUGCCAUGCUGAAGGCUGAAAUAACAAGCCAGGAAUCAAAGAUUUCAGCAUAUGAAGAUGAACUGACCAAAGCCCAAGAGGAGCUGAGUCGCCUGCAGCAAGAAACUGCAGAGCUGGAGCAUUGCAUAGAGUCUGGGAAAGCACAGCUGGGACCUCUUCAGCAACAUCUGCAGGAUUCACAACAGGAAAUCAAUUCAGUGCAGACAAAGCUCCUUGAGCUGAAAGAACUGGAAAAUAACCAAUUUAGUUGGCACUCUCAGCCCCAUAGUACACUUGUUAAUGGAACUGUGGAUCAUUCUAGUCUUAGCAACAGCAGCAGUGAAACUGCAAACCUUAAUGAGAAUGCUGAGAGGGAAAGUGUAGCAGAAGAGGAACAAACAAACAGUGUGUCUCCAAUAAGGAAUAGUCCUGAAACAGCAGUCUCUGUUGGAGAAGAGAAAGAGACCCCAGCUGCAACUGUUACCAAAAAAGAAGAUCCAUUUGAUGCUGAAUCUCAUCCGUUGCCUGAUCUAGUUUCUGAAGCCAGUUUAGAGUUCUUCCAGUCUGACCCUUUUGUUGGCAAUGAUCCCUUCAAAGAUGACCCUUUUGGAAAAAUUGAUCCCUUUGGUGGUGAUCCCUUCAAAGGCUCAGACCCUUUUGCAGCUGAUUCUUUCUUCAAACAAUCCUCCAGCGACCCUUUUGUGACUGCUGGCACUGAUCCAUUUAGUUCUGCAGACAACAAUAAUAGUACCACAACAGAGUUAUCAAAGAAGAAUGACCCUUUUGCUCCUGGUGGAACCACUGUUACUACAUCAAAUGAUCUAGCUACAGACCCCUUUGCCUCCCUGUUUGGAAGUGAAUCCUUUGAAGGUGGCUUUGCUGACUUCAGCACGCUGUCCAAGGCCAACAAUGAGGAUCCUUUUAGCUCUUCCACAUCAGGCUCUGUCAGCAGUGUCACCAUAACUAAAAACUUGUUUGAAGAACCACCAGCUAAAAAUGAGGAUGUUCCUCCUGCACUGCCCCCUAAGACAGGAACUCCCACCAGGCCCUGUCCACCCCCACCUGGGAAAAGACCUAUCAAUCAAAUAGACUCUUCAGAUUCCUUUAAGUCGAGCGACCCAUUUCAGCCUUUCCCCACCCCAGACAUUCCCAAAGAACAAGAAGCAGAUCUAUUCUGUGAUCCAUUUGCUCCCACCAGCAUCAGUAAAGAGGCUGACCCCAACAAUUUUGCAAACUUCAGUACUUAUUCUACUGAGGAAGACAUGAUUGAAUGGGCUAAGAGAGAAAGUGAGAGAGAAGAAAAAGAAAGAUUGGCAAGACUAAAACAGCAAGAGCAAGAAGACUUGGAACUGGCUAUUGCACUCAGUAAAUCUGAAAUAUCAGAAGCAUGAAGUUUAGAAUAAGAUUUUAUCUGACAUAAACUGUUUUGUCCCUUUUCCUCAGUACCUAAUGUAUUUAAAUGUUAAUCAGAAAAUGCAUAUAUACAAGAAACUAUGAAAGGUUUUAAAUUUCUGAAAGUGAUGUGAAUGUUUCUGCUAAAUUCAAUCCUUUUGGUUAUUGUUUGAAUAAUUGUUAAGUUUAGCAUUCAAUUUCUCUCACGUUUUCAGGAGAGCAAAGUACUUUUCCCAGCUGAAAGCAAAUCAGUUUAAAAUGCAGAUAGAGAGGAUGGGGUUUGACUGUAAUCUAUCAGCAGUUGGUAAUUGAGCAUAAAGUGAACACAGCAAUUAUUCUGUCAUGGCUGACUGUCUCCCAUCAAGCAGUUAGUCACUGGAAACCUUUUAUCCUUCUGAAGGGGUUUUAGUAAUGCCAGAGUUGUGGAGUGCUUUAUUUUAUAUGUAUGCAUAUAGAUUAUUUUUCUCCUCAUUGAAGAUUUUAUGUUGGAUUUAACAUAAUCUUCAUGGAGUCUCCACCAUAAAGAGUAUGUCUUUCUGAAACCUUUAUUGCUUUUCCUGCAUGAUCAUAGGUUUUAAGACAGACCUGUUAUUUUGUUUUAUAAAGCAAUUAAGCUGAAAAUUCAUGUGCAUUUGCUGUUGGCUAAGGUGACUGUCAAGUUGUGAGACCCCACUGCUAUUUGAGCCACUACUGCCUGUGAAAUAUGCAGCUGAACUGGCAAGUUAAUGAGUUCCAUUUGAAAUAGGAUUGAAAAUAGAAAGAAAAAACAGGUAGUCUGAUUUCUGGUUUUUUUUUUUAACCACAGUUGUUUUCUGUAUAUGUAAUUUAUUGAAUGCCAACUGAUAGUUGCACCUUAAACAGAAUGAUUUCUGAAUGGUCACUGAGUCAGAGUAGGAUUGAUAGAAUGUUAAUGAAAAUAACUUAUUG